ACAAAAUAAUAUACGAGUUCUUGAGCCUCCAUUUCAGUUGGGAGAGAGUGGGAGAGACAGGCGGAGAGACAGGCGGAGAGACAGGCAGAGAGAGAGAGAGAGCAUGGGAAGGCCUCCAUGCUGUGAGAAAGUGGGCAUCAAGAAGGGUCCUUGGACUCCUGAAGAAGACAUCCUUCUUGUCUCUUACAUUCAACAACAUGGCCCUGGUAACUGGAGAUCUGUUCCCACCAACACUGGUCUCUUGAGAUGCAGCAAGAGUUGUAGGCUACGAUGGACGAAUUACCUGAGGCCUGGAAUCAAAAGAGGCAACUUCACGCCCCACGAGGAAGGAAUGAUCAUCCAUUUGCAAGCUUUAUUGGGUAACAAAUGGGCUGCAAUAGCUUCUUAUCUUCCGCAAAGGACGGAUAAUGAUAUCAAAAACUAUUGGAAUACUCACUUGAAGAAGAAACUCAAAUCUGUUUUAGAUCACUCAACAACCUCAGAGUUUUUCUCAAAGGGUUUCUUCAAUGAUUCUUCCACAAGGACUUUGGAUUUUGAUUCCUCCUCCGCCUCCUGUUUCUACCCGAAUCGAUCCUCCACUGCAACACCGUCGUCAUCGUCAACUUAUUACUCAAGUGCCGAGAACAUCUCGCGCCUACUUGAAGGAUGGAUGAGAUCGUCUCCAAAAACUAACGACAACGACAAUCCAUUUCAUUUUGAUGAAAAACAAAGUCAUUGUGGAGAUUCCAUGGUUUCUAACCAAUACCGAGAGAUGAAAACGGAGCAAGAUGAGAACAGGGUAGCAUCCAUGAAGGAGAUCGAGUCGAUGGUAUCGCCCGAGAACUUGAACAACAGCAAACACAAUAACUUGGGAGCUUCUUGUGAGAAUAAUAACAAUAAUAACAACAACAACAAUCCUCCAUUGUCAUUUCUUGAGAAAUGGCUACUUGAUGACACUUGUGUUCAAGUAGUGGAGAUGAUGCCAUUGUCACCAACCUUCUAACAACUUGUUUUUCUUAAACGUUCAAUGAAUUCUCGAACUUUGUAAUUGUAAUACUAAUUACUUUCAAGAACGCUCGAUCGUGUUUAUACUUA